CUCACAUUAUCUGCCUCAUCCCGAGACACUUGGCAAGAGCAGCUACUUGUCUGCAAGCAAGGAGCUGCUGAGACUGGACUGAAAACAGUCAUACCCAAUGAAUGAACUUUUGAUCAUGAUUAUGACUGCAGUGCUUCAUACUAUCAACUAAGCUCCGAAUAUGGACAAGAAGUUGGACCUGUCCAGACUAACAGAAGAGGAGGCCAAACAUGUGUGGGAGGUCAUUCAAAGAGAUUUUGACCUCAGGAAGAAGGAAGAGGAGAGGCUUGGUGAGAUUAAAUCCAAGAUCGAGAAGGAAGAAACAAAGAGGGAACUCCUGGGCUCUCAGUCAAACCUGACUGACUCUCACUGUAUCCGCUGCCUGCAGCCAUUUAAGUUCCUGGUGAACAGCAAACGGCAGUGUAUGGACUGUGAACUCUACACCUGCAAGACCUGUAGCCGCUACAACAAGAAGGAGCAUGGCUGGGUAUGCGACCCCUGCCGCAUGUCCAGGGUCCUGAAAAUUGGAACCUUGGGGUGGUACCAUGACAAUGUACACUCUCGCUUCAAGCGUUUUGGCAGCGCAAAAGUGAUGAGGUCACUGUACAAGAGAUUAAAUGAAGAGGGGCACCAUGAUGAUGACGACACACAGAGCAUGCCUGAUGUGCGCAAUGUGUAUAAUGGUCAUGAUGAACAUUUGGAUGCAUCUGAAGCUCAACGUUAUAAGCAGAUGCGAAAGACCAAGCGUCUUCUCUCUGUCCACCCCAUGGAUCUUGACAUGGACGACUAUGCCACUCACUCUCGCAGACAGUCUGUCCAGUACAUGCAUGAAGACAGAGGUCAGCGGAAUGAUGUAGAAUACAACUCUGACAUGUACCAUCAUCAUCAUCGCAUGAACCGCAGGAAAAGUCUUGACAGGUUCUCGCGCACAGAUGAUGGCAUGCACUCUGAACACAGAAUGGUACGCGCUCGCUCGCUCUCUAAAAUCAACUCCUCUGUGGCUCCACGCCAGAUUUAUCUGGAUACUUCAGAGGAGGAUGAUAUGUUCCGAUACCCUGUCUACCAGCUGCCCCCACGACACCGCAGUCGAGCAUCAUCUCAGGAAAACAUUCAUCAGAGCGCACCACCGAUCAAUGAACUGAACAAGAGAAUGUCUGCCAUUGAGAGUCUCUUAAAUCGACUGGAAGAGAAAAUGACUUUGCCUCCUGAUCAGCCUGUCCAGCCCACAGCAGGGCAGAUGGAGGAGGAGAAGCUGAGGAGAAAACUAGAUGAGCUGAUGAGUGACAAGGCGCUGUCCUCUGACGAGGAUGAGCCGAAAAGACCUCCUCAUUCCAAAGGGUCCGCUGUGAGGGGGGACCAUGCACCAAUGGCCCCUACAUCCCAAGAACCCUUGAGCUCCUCCAGUGAUGAAAUUCCCACUGAAGCACAAAAGCUGUACAUGACUGCAGGGAAGUCCUUCGAAAUGGCAAAAAAGUUGCAAAUGAUUGAGCAGAAUGCUAAGAAUCACUACAGCGGCCCGUUAACUGAUUCAGAGCUCUCUGAACUGGAGGACCAGGUUGCUUUGGCAGCUGCUAAGGUUCAGAGCACAGAAAGUGAGGUCUCAGACAUUGAGAGCAAGAUUUCUGCUCUAAGUGCUAAAGGAUUAUCAUUUGAUAAAGCCAAGAAAAAGGCACUGAGUAUACAACAAAAAAGGAAGUUUUCCCAAGACAGAGUACACUUUUAAGUGUAUACAGGACAUCACGUUAACUUCUUUAGCAUAGUCUUACAUAUUCCCUAUAUCAAUAUAUCUGUGCCUAUAUUACUUGACAGUGUGCUUCAUCAUAUGUUCAAGAUUUUUGACACUGAUCUUGACUUAGCACCAGUAAACUCAUUGUGUCUUGUGUAAAUUGUCUUAAUAAAAUCCCAAUCUAAAUAAAAUUAUUAAUAGUUAAAAUAAUGAAACAGUUUACAGACAAUAGAUGUCAAACAAUA